CGAUUUUUAUUUGCAUUCGCUUGUAAAUUGUCGAGAGGCACGCGUGCAACGAACGAACGCAUUGAACGCUUGCUUUCAAGGUGAUUACAUAAAGUCAAUCGGGCCAGGAAAACUAUGCAGAAAGCCAUUAAGAAGGAGCUGAGUUUCUCGCUGGACACGCUGGAGCGCUAUCGGGCCAAGUACGGGCGCAGCGCAUCGCUGGACACCAAUGGGCAUUCGCUCUACACAGACAAUGAGGCCGCUUUGAGUUUAGCUGCACCGGCAACACCAACAUCGCCGCCGGCCAGCAUAUUCACACGGUCCUCGUCGCCGCCGAAGCUAACCAAGCUGCAGGAGCUGCAGCUGAAGAAGGAGGCCUACCUGAGGGCCCGCGAGCACGAGAGGGAAAUGGAGCAGCUGCAUCGCACAGAAAAGAAACCCACAAAUGGCAGCAGCCUGGAAGGGUCUGGCAGACCCAUGCCAGCGGCCAAAGUGGGCAGCCCAACGAAGAGCACAGGCCCUGCCACGGCAGCUGCUGCUGCUGCUGCCACUGCCACUGCCACCAAAUUGUCGACUCCUGCUGGCUACUCGAACUGGUCGAAUCACCAUACAACGCUCUCCUCGCAGCCCUGGGUGGCCAUCUCGGAGCUGAUGUACUUUUGCGACAAAUACGAGUUCACGACCCUCAGCACCCGCGACCUGAAGACCCACCAAGAGAUUGUGGCCGAGGUGCGGGCGCUGCUGUCGGGCAAGGCACCGUUCGAUCAGCGUACACGCUUCCCGGGCAACAUACACGACCCGGAGAACCUGUGGGUCUGCAUUGGACGCUGCGCCAGUGUGGAGUACCAUCUGCAGCGCAUCAUCAGCAUCUUCAGGAAGCCGCUCAAUCAGCUCACGCCGGACAAACAGCGCACGGUGCGCCAGAACUUUCAUCUGGCGGUCAGCGAGCUGCGGCUGGACAUCUCCGCGCGGAUCAGCGAGGUGCGUCUGUACGAUCGUCUGGUAUUCGAGCGUGAAUUUCGUCUGGAGUGGCAGGAGGCGGAUGCCUAACGGGGCAGGGCCGGAGCAGGGGCAAUGCUAAAACGUGUGCUGUAACAAUCGACAAUAACUUUUAUUUGCAACACUUUGUGGGGCAUUCAGCCCUUUCAUUUUUCGGUGCAUGGUGACAAAAAACGUUUACAAAAAUACGCACGCACACACACACACACACACAAAGAGGAUUUAUAUGGAGAGAGUUUGUCUCCAUUUAACAAUAAAUACAAUUCAAUGCUCUCAGCCGUGGAAUUGCGCUUGAAAUUAAAUUCUAUAAAGGCCAACAGCAGCAUCCAGCAGGGUUAAGGAACUUGCAUUGGCACACUGGAACCGAACCUGUCACCUGCGGCUAAAAACUUAUUGCUUCACAAUACGUAAUACAAAAAACAUUUAUAUAUAAU